AUUAAACCUCCUCUGGCUUCCUCUUCCUUCACUCUCAACUGGGUCGUUUUAGAUGCUUCUUUUAACAAUACCCAUUUGGUUAUCUUGACGGAUUUUGCUUCCACGAUCUCCUUCUUCUUCUUCUAGAUCUUGUUUUGGGCUGUUCUGUUUUCUGUUCACCGGAAUCAAUGGCGUUUUCCGAUGAGAAUAAUCCCAACUUGAUCAAACCCACUGGGUUUCUUCCAGGAGGAGGGUUGGAGGAGAGAGGGAGAGCUAAUAAUCGGAGGGCUCUUAUUGAUAUUAAUAAAAAUUCUGUGGUGAAUCAAGCCUACCCUUGUGUUGUUAACAAGAGAGGCCUCUCGGGAAAGCAAGAAAUCUGCGAGAAAAAGCAGGUUGAUCCAUUUCAUAGACCGAUUACGAGAAAGUUUGCUGCUCAAAUCGCGAGUAGCCAACAGCUUCAUCAUAAUCCCCAGGAAAAUAAUGCAUUUGGGCAUUCCAUAUUUGUAGACGAAGAUUGCAAAACCAUAGAAAACGACCAUCCAGUUCCCAUGUUCUUGGAGAAACCAGAGCCAUCAUUGUCUCAAGAACCAAGCCAAAUGGAGGAGGUUGAAAUGGAGGAUAUUGCAGAAGAAGACGACGACGACGACGAUCCGGUAAUCGACAUCGAUAGUGUCGAUUCCGAGAACCCGCUUGCGGUUGUUGAGUACGUCAACGAUCUCUAUGAACACUACAGAAAAAUUGAGAAUUCAAGCUGUGUUCCUCCAAAUUACAUGAACAAACAAAUUGAUAUUAAUGAGAAGAUGAGAGCUAUAUUGAUUGAUUGGCUUAUAGAGGUGCACGACAAGUUUGAUCUGAUGGGAGAAACAUUGUUCCUUACUGUGAAUCUCAUAGACAGGUUUUUGUCACAAAAAACAGUAGUGAGAAAGAAGCUUCAGCUGGUUGGUUUGGUUUCUAUGCUGUUAGCUUGCAAGUACGAGGAAGUGUCUGUCCCUGUUGUGGGUGAUUUGAUUCUUAUUUCUGAUAAAGCUUACUCUAGAACAGAAGUUCUUGAACUGGAGACAGUGAUGUUGAACUGUUUGCAGUUUAACAUGUCUGUUCCCACACCCUUUGUCUUCCUCCAAAGGUUCCUUAAGGCUGCUCAAGCUGACAAAAAGCUCGAGCUGAUGGCGUUCUUCUUGAUCGAACUCUCGCUGGUCGAGUAUGAAAUGCUGAGGUUCCCACCGUCGUUGCUAGCAGCGGCGGCGACAUAUACAGCUCAAUGUACUAUUGCCGGAGUGGAGUGUUGUUGGAGCAGGACAUGCGAGUGGCAUUCCAGCUACUCAGAAGAGCAGCUCCUAUGUUGCUGCAGAGAAUGCUCGAGACUAAUGGUGGGGUUUCAUCAAAAGGCGGCGACGGGGAAGCUCACCGGAGUUCAUAGGAAGUACUGUACAUCAAAAUUUAACUACACGGCAAAACGUGAACCUGCACAUUUUCUUUUGCAGACUCAGCAAUAAUAGAGCCACAGAACAGAACAGAACAGAACAUGCAUUGUGUUCUUACUAACAACAUUCAACAACAUUACAUGAAUGUUCAAAAUUGGGCGGCGGCGGCGGAGGCGGCGGGGACAGCGCAACCAAGAAUAUCGGAGAUUUCUUGUUCUUUUAAUUGUCUGUUCAUUUUUAGGCUUCAUUCAUCAGUGAGAUGACAAACCAAACCAUAUAAUUUCUUUGACAAAGAAUAAUAUUUUGCCCUUCUGGCCUAAAAUUCCACCUUC